AUAUUCAAAUGUCAACGCAGGAGUUAAACGUCAAUAAACACAGUUAAGAUUAUAAUAAAAAGAGGAAAACAAGAACAGACUCGUAACAGCUAGAUGACCUCGGUGUGUCUGUUAUUCGCGAGGACUCGCACUUUAAAUCGGGACAGUCAAUCGCCGACAUUGUCCUAAAAAGGAUCUCGAAAAACAUUCGAAUUUUCGGGACCCGUAAAGAUAACGUCGGGAAAUAAUGAGAUGUGAAGGCUCUUCACACAUACGGCUGUGGUGGCAGACAUAACUGAACGUUCCUAUUCGAUGCACGUUAUAUUAAGCUCAAGGUGAUAUGGAAGCGGAAGACGAAGUGGAUGAUGAGUUGUCGGAGGCUGCCGACACGGAAGCGAACCACAACAACAACCUCGAAAAUUUCGAGACGAUGAAAAUCUCUACGAAACCGGUGUCCGAGAGAACGCCGGAGAAAAACAACUGUUCUUUAGUGCGCUCGUCUAAUCCGGAGCAAUCGGAAAAUGUCGAUUCCGUCGACGAUAGUCCCGGAAAGUUAAAAACGUCCGCGCGACCAAAAUCAAAAAUAUCUCUAAGUACAAGCACAAAGACUGACACGAAGGAAGUUGAGAUCGCCAAGCUGUGCAGAAGUAAGAAGGUCAGCUGUCAGGACACCAUACACGAGUACGACGAGGACGACAACCUUACCAUGGAUAGAGUUGGAAGGUACCUGGAGGCGAAUCCCGCUCUAGCCGAAACGUGGUUACGAGAGAAAGCAAGCCUCCAACUUCGGCAACGAUUGCAAAACACGUGUACGCUGCAAACGAUAAGACCAAGCGCUCAGCACGUGCAGCAAGAGGAGAGUCUUCUCAAUCGGGGCAAACGCAACAGCGUUACAUCCGAUCUCUUUCAGACAUGGUUGGCCUCGAGCUCACCUGCGAAGCGCAGCAGAAGCCCCAACAGGACUCACAGCUCGCUGAUGGGUCGUCGCGAGGAGCUCGGCAAGCUGGACGAGAGCGAUUUGUUCAUGGAGCUGAUAAGGGAUGUGGCAAACGAGCUGGACAUAAACAUCCUCUGCCACAAGAUCUUGGUGAAUGUCGGCCUACUUACUCAUGCCGAUCGCGGCAGUCUAUUUCUGGCGAAGGGACCUCUGGAGGAUCGGUAUCUCGUGGCAAAGUUGUUUGACGUCAGGCAAGACACCGAGCUCGAGGAAGCCGUUCAACGAGCGAAGAACGAGGAGAUCAAAAUACCGUUCGGAGUCGGUAUCGCCGGUUACGUGGCGCAGACCAAGGAGAUUAUCAACAUCAAGGAUGCUUAUAAGGAUCCGAGAUUCAACAGCGCCAUCGAUAUGCGGACCGGGUAUAAAACGACAUUAAUUCUAUCGAUGCCGAUCUGCAAUUACGAGGGCGAUGUCAUCGGAGUCGCUCAAAUCAUCAAUAAGACAAACGGCAGCAACGAAUUUACUGACAGAGACGUUGAGGUGUUUCAAAGAUACCUCACGUUCUGCGGUAUCGGUAUACAGAACGCGCAAUUGUUCGAGCUGUCCGUGCAGGAAUACCGGCGCAAUCAGAUACUCCUCAAUCUGGCGAGAAAUAUAUUCGAGGAGCAAAAUAAUCUCGAGUGUCUCGUCACGAAGAUCAUGACCGAGGCGAAGGAGCUCCUCAAGUGCGAGAGAUGCGCCGUUUAUUUGCUUGACUUGGAUUGUGGCGAGGCAGGGCAUCUCGAGAAAAUCGUCGAGCGGCCCGGGAAAUCGGUGCAAGAGAGCAGAAAGCCGUUGUCGAGAAGAGAGAGCAACAACAUCGACAUGGAGGACAUUUUUCAACAGCACACAUCGAUCGAAGACACCAAAUUCACCAUGGUCUUUGAGAUGGAGAACGAAACGCAGGAGGCCCGAGUCUAUCGACCAAGCAACAACGAUCUUACGAGUCCCUUGGGACAGAUCGCGAGAUAUGUCGCCGCGACGGGUCAGAUUCUCAACAUUGGUGACGUCGCCACGUGGUUGAAGAAAGACGUAAUGGAGAACAGGAGGAAUCCCAUUAGGAGUAUCCUGUGCAUGCCGAUCGUUAACGGGCAGAGGAUCGUCAUCGGAGUUGCUCAAUUGAUCAACAAGGAUAACGGCACGUCUUUCACCGACUCGGACGUGUCGAUAUUCGAAGCGUUCGCCAUCUUCUGCGGUCUCGAUAAGCUGAUGGCGAAGCAAAAGGUGGCCCUGGAGUGUCUGAGUUAUCACGCGACCGCCAACAACGAAGAUGCUCUGCGACUCGUCUCCGAUACCAUACCGUCCGCGGAAACAUACAAUCUUUACAGUUUCACGUUCAUUGACUUUGAUCUCACCGACGAUGACACGUGUCGCGCUACCAUCAGAAUGUUCAAACAAUGCGAUCUCAUACAGAAGUUUCACAUACCGUACGACGUCCAGUGCAGAUGGAUACUCAGUGUGAAAAAAAAUUACAGGCCAGUGAAGUAUCAUAAUUGGCGGCACGCGCUAAAUGUCGCGCAGACAAUGUUCGCGAUGCUGAAGACCGGCAAGAUGGAACAAUUCAUGACUGAUUUAGAGAUUCUCGGCCUCCUGGUCGCCUGUCUCUGUCACGAUCUGGAUCAUCGCGGUACCAACAACGCAUUCCAGAUGAAAACGGAAUCCCCGCUGGCAAUCCUGUACUCGACCAGCACAAUGGAACAUCAUCACUUCGAUCAGUGCGUCAUGAUUCUAAAUUCCGACAGCAACAAUAUCUUUCAGAAUCUGUCGAUGGAGGACUACAGACGCGUGAUGAAAGUCGUGGAGAGCGCUAUUCUAUCAACGGAUCUGGCAAUGUAUUUCAAGAAGAGGAAUCGUUUUAUGGAGGUGAUCGACGAGGGCGAAUUCGAUUGGCAGAGCGAAGAGAAAAAAGAGCUACUAUGUGGUAUGAUGAUGACGGCGUGUGACGUAAGCGCGAUAGCAAAACCCUGGGAUGUGCAGCAUCGCGUGGCGAAGUUGGUGGCCGACGAAUUUUUCGACCAAGGCGAUCUAGAGCGUUUACAGCUCAACCAACAACCGGUGGCGAUGAUGGACCGUGAAAGGCGGGACGAAUUACCGCAGAUGCAAGUCGGUUUCAUCGACGUCAUUUGCCUGCCGCUCUAUAAAGUCAUGUCGGAGACGUUCCCAUGGAUACUACCACUCUACGAGGGUACCAUGGAGAACCGGAAACACUGGCAGGACUUGGCGGAAAAGGUCGAGAUGGGAUUGACGUGGAUCGAUCGCGACACGAUCGAGGAACCGGUGGAAGAAUUCGUCUCUUACGAACCUAAAGAUAUCGAGUUCACGGUUACGACACUGAACUGCGCUCACGCCGAUAAAAAGGAACAAGUGCCGGAAAAGUCGACGCUUGGUAGAUUCGCCUCGUUGAGAAAGGGUGGACGUACGUUGAGCAAAGGAGUCCGACAUCGUAUCAGCAGAUCUCUCUACGCUAGAAGCAGUUCGGAGGACGCCGGCAAAUCGAAAGCGUUGCUCCCAGAAAGAAAGAAUCGGAACAAACUGUGUCUACUCAUUUGACGGCUAACUUCGACGACACUUGAGAGCAUUCCCGAAUGAUACCAUAUUAAUGAUAUUUGGAAACGAAUAUUUCAAUAUACAUCGUGGCUCUUCCAGAUCGCGGAAAAUUAAAUGCCGAUGCGAUUUUCUGGAAGCUAAACACUUUGACAGAUACUCCGUGGAUAAGCGUGGCUGUUAUUGAGAAAAGAGAUUUUUAGGAUGAACUUCUUAGAAAUCGCUGUUACGAGGAUAACAUUAUCUGCUCUAAUAAAGCAGUCGAACUACUCUCGACGAGAGAAUAAUGCCGAAAAAAUUGUUAAAAAAAAUGUUUAAGCUACUUUUGCAGUAACGAAAUAUUUAUGGGAAAUGAAUCCUUUUCAAAAACUCUCAGAAGAGAAAAGAACGUUGAUAUUUGUAGAAAUUGUCUUACCACAACUACAAUAUUUGCAAUUCAAAAUAAUUGUUUGAUAAGAUUUAAAAUUGAUCAAAAUAAAAAAAUAGAGAAAAUAGCAGUGAAAAGAAAUAAUGAUAUAAAUUUCGCAAAUUGUGAGACUCAAAGAUACGAAAGAAAAAACAAAUUUAACUAAAUCUGAAAAAAUUGACGAAAUAUUAACGAAAUAUAUCGACGAAAAAAAGUUGCAGCAAGUCAAAAAAUAUCUCAAAAGAAUAUUUAAAAUCGAAGUAAUUAAGAAAUUUUACAUUUUUUAUCAAAAAUAAAUUAAUUUAAUUUUUCAAAAAUCGAUAGUUCCAUAAUCGCUCAUAUAAUAUAUACGAAAAUAAAAAAUCUUGAUAUUAUUUGAUCGAAUUAAACACAAAUUCAAAUCAAAAUAUUCAGAGAAAAGAUAUCUUAUUAACGCGAAAUUUAGUACGAAAAAGAGACAAGAUUAUAUAACAGGAGAAACAAAUAUUAACAUUAACAGAGGAAGGAAACAUAUACUCGAAGAUGUCUUAUAUUGAUUCUGAUGUACUCUUUGCUAUGUCAUUGUGUCAGACGUAGAAAACGACGAAUCAAAAUCCGCAGUAAUAAUGCUAAUAACGAACUUUCGCGAUACAAAGUCAACGAACCGAACCUAAAGAAAAAAGAAGAAAAUAAAAAAGAAAAAAGGGAAGAAUAUCCAAAGUGAUGUCUCACGAAAAAAAACCGGAUCCCGAGAAGACUGUUGCCCGUAGAUUUUAAGGCGAUAAUACAUAGACACGGUAUUACGUAAACGUGUACAUUUAGUCGAUGGCUAGGUAGCUAGAGAACUUGACGGUCGGUCGUUGCACCUCACAACGACAUUGCUCAUAAUCGCAAUCCCGUAGAGCGCGAGGGAGUGUGCUAUAUGUGUGUAUGUGAACACGUUGGGCGUCAUCGGAUGAUAAUGAUGAUAUGAUGAAGAAGAAUUCAAUUUUGACAAUCUUUUUGUAUCACAUCUCAAUGAUAUUCUAGGCUAUAUGUAUUGUUCGGCGGGUGAAGGGAUCGAGGACGUGCAAAGUCGGACUCGCGGACACGCUGCCCCACGAUAUGCAAUUCAAAUUAGAAACGAGUGCAAUUUUCAAUUGCUUUUGUUAUUUCAGAUCUCUCCUCGCAAAAGCGAUCUCCGCGAUAAUGAAGAUGAGAAUUAAAUUGAUACGGUUAAGAUAAAAAAGAAUUGCUCAAAUUGAUUUCUUAAUUUUAAUCAAGUCCGGUGUUCUUAAAUUUUUUUUUUUUAGCAGAGUUUCGAGUAAAUAAGUUCAAAAUAUUAUAAAUUCUGUAAAUAAAAAGUCUCAAGUAAAUGCAUUAAAAAUAUUUUAAAUUCUGUAAGUAUAGCGAAGCUUCGCAUUUACAAUUUUGUAAAAACGUAAUCGGAAGUAAGGCGAAUUAAAGUGUUUUAAGAUCGUGUAGAUAAAAAAUUUUAACUCUAAGCGCAAAAAUUUCAACGAUUUUAAAUUUUGUAAAAAGAUAUAUAAAGAAUAUAUUUUAAAAAAAGAGUAAGCACACGCGCAACAUUUUCAAUUUCGUAUGUGAGAAAAUAAAAAAUUUUAUUUUCUUUUAUGGAACUUAUGUAGCUGGCUUGAACUGUAGUUGCGAACACGAUCGCAUAUUCAUCAUUAACUCUCAUCAUAUAUAUGUACAUAACGAAUCAUAUAUGAGUAUAUAGCGAGCGGCGGCACUUUGGUAUCGCGGUUAAUCAGCGCUCGUAAACGGAGGCAAUGAUAGGAUUAAAUCGUGCACGCAUGCACGCAUGCAAACGUACGUAAUCCGUGACGCAAGCAUGAACGCGAGUCCACCGCGAUUAUUUCCAGUUCGAGUUUUGUACAUUGACCCUUCGGGAGAUCGCGACAAACGCGAAUAUUACGUUCCCUCAUUUGCAUUUCCGUUAUUCCAUCAUUACGCGUGUCCUGAUCUCGGAGAACGACUCCGAUAAUCUCAGGGCAAUCUCAGUGCGCGGUAAAAUUUUUUCUUCUUUUUUUUUUUAUUCGCGUUAUCGUAUCAAUUAAAUUAAACGACAGAUAUCUCGGAUGGAAAAUUUGCGCGUAAAUUUGCGAAAUCGGUGUUACUUCCUACAGAAUUUCUCAAGCGCAUUGCGUUUUCGGAUGUGAGUCUGAGAGUUAAGCAACACGAAAGUGAGACUGGUUUCUAGUCUUUUGAUAUAGCUGCGAAUCAAUAUGCCUAUCAGAAAUUGUUGCACACGGUCAAAUAAAAUCUGGAUGUGCUCAAA